AUGGGAUGUGGGGCAAGUGGAUUAAAAGAUACUAAAUCAGCUACGGAAACACCGUCUGCAAGUGAGGGUAAUGCAAAUCUCUCUGAAACAAUAGCACCACCAGCAGCAGCAACAACAACAGAGGCGACAGUAAACAAUGUUGACGUUGAAGGAUCUCCUAAAACAGCAGAGGUGAAUGAAACUGAUGCCAAUCAAGUAAAUAGCAAAGAUGACAAUCAACAUGAAGGGAUCGAUAAUCAGGCUGUUAAUGACGGUGAUAAUAAAGUGAAAACAGUAGCUCCAGUAUCUAUCUCAGGUGAUGCUGACGUCGUAAAUUCUUCAGCAGAUGAGCCCAAGGUGAAUAAUGUUUUACUAAAUAACAGCAAACCCGUGGAAUACUGUUCACCGUGUCAACCAUUCUAUUCAGAUAGUAAUAGUCAUAAGCAUAGAAGAAGUAGUAGUAGUAAUAGUAGUACAGAUAAUAAAUCAAAACACGACUGCCUGCUCCACUGUCAAAUUGAUGAUUAUCCUUUAACGACAAUCGAUGGACAUAUUGAUGACUUAUCGCCACAAUCAACACCAACCAACAUUACUAUGACAACAACAGAGAUAAACAAUACAGAAAUGUUAACCGGUGGUUCACAAUUGGAUAUUGAAAAGUCAACUAAUAAACAGACUAAAAUGAAUCAUCAUGAUUCAGUGUAUUUAGAAAUCAAUGAAAAUAAUUUAUUGUUAUCGCCAUCUGCAUUAAACAGUAAUAAUAAUGAUUAUUAUUAUUCAGAAGAAAUUGUACACAGAAUUAGAACAGAAUCAGAAACACAAAAUUCAAAUAACCCCUUGAACAGUGCCGGAGGAUUUGAAGUAUCCGCGUUAGACUUAACUACUACUACCACUACUACUAUUGAUACAUUAAAACAACUGGAUACUAAAUAUUCACCGCGUUUAUUUGAAAGCAAUGAAUUGUCAAUAAAACAAACAAAUGACAAUAAUGAAUUAGAAGAAUUAAUAAUUGAAGAAAAUUUUAAUGAAUAA